AUGUAUGUCACAAUUUCUACAUAUUGGUUCAAAACAUCAGCUGCCUGUUGGACUUUUAUCUCACUGAAGUAUUCUGUUUAUAGCAGCGGUGCGGAAAACCCAUCUCCUAGUUUGGGGAAGAGAUGGAAGGACACUGCAGAGACAGUAAUCAUUGGCGGUGGAUGUGUAGGGGUGAGCUUGGCAUAUCACCUGGCCAAAGCGGGCAUGAAAGAUGUGGUCCUCCUGGAGAAAUCAGAGCUCACAGCUGGAUCUACUUGGCAUGCGGCUGGUUUAACUGCAUAUUUCCACCCUGGGAUUAACCUAAAGAAGAUCCAUUAUUACAGUAUUAAGCUUUAUGAGGACUUGGAAGAGGAGACAGGUCAGGCUGUUGGGUUUCACCAGCCAGGAAGUAUCCGAAUAGCCUCAACUCCAGCACGAGUGGAUGAAUUCAAAUACCAGAUGACCCGUGCUCGCUGGCAUCCAAAUCCACAAUAUCUCAUUGGGCCAGAAAAAGUUGAAGAACUAUUUCCAUUACUGAAUAUGGACAAGGUCCUAGCUGGCCUCUAUAACCCUGGAGAUGGUCAUAUUGACCCCUAUUCCCUCACUAUGGCCUUUGCAGCUGGAGCCAGGAAGUAUGGUGCCCAGUUAUACUUCCCAGCACAAGUGACUGCUUUAACACCUCGACCUGAUGGUACAUGGAAUGUGGGAACACCUCAUGGAACAAUUCAUGCCAAAAGGAUUGUGAAUGCAACAGGUUUCUGGGCACGAGAGGUCGGAAAGUUGAUAGGCCUGGAACAUCCUCUUAUUCCUGUGCACCAUCAGUAUGUGGUCACUGGUUCUGUCCCAGAGGUUAAAGCUUUAAAGAAGGAAAUACCAGUCCUCCGAGACUUGGAGGGAUCAUAUUAUUUACGACAGGAAAGGGAUGGACUUUUGUUUGGACCAUAUGAAAGUCAAGAAAAAAUGAAAAUGCAAGAUUCCUGGGUAACAAAUGGAGUACCACCAGGUUUUGGGAAAGAAUUGUUUGAAUCUGAUCUAGACAGAAUUAUGGAACAUGUAGAAGCUGCAAUGGAGAUGGUUCCUGUGCUGAAAAAUGCUGAUAUUAUCAAUAUAGUUUCUGGACCCAUAACAUACUCUCCAGAUAUCCUUCCAAUGGUAGGACCACAUCAAGGUGUCCGAAAUUACUGGGUUGCUGUUGGCUUUGGGUAUGGUAUCAUCCAUGCUGGAGGCAUUGGUAAGUUCUUAAGUGACUGGAUCCUAGACGGAGAACCUCCUUUCGAUCUCAUUGAAGUAGACCCAAACAGAUAUGGCAGAUGGACCACUACACGGUAUACAGCACUGAAAGCAAGAGAAUCUUAUGGAUUCAACAACAUUGUUGGUUAUCCCAAAGAAGAGAGAUUUGCAGGAAGACCAACAGAAAGGAUGAGUGGAAUAUAUGAAGAGCUGAAGACAAAAUGUUCCAUGGGCUUCCAUGCGGGAUGGGAACAGCCUCACUGGUUUUACAAGCCUGGAGAUGAUACUGGAUACAAACCAAGCUUCCGGAGGACAAAUUGGUUUGAGCCGGUGAAACGGGAGUAUAAACAGGUCAUGGAGAAGGUGGGGGUGAUUGACCUGACUCCAUUUGGCAAGUUUACUGUGAAAGGAAAGGAUGCUGUUCAUUUACUGGACCAUAUUUUUGCCAAUAUCAUUCCAAAGGUGGGCUUUACCAACAUAAGCCACAUGCUGACUCCUAGAGGACGAGUCUAUGCUGAGCUCACUGUGUCCCAUUUGUCUCCUGGAGAGUUCCUGUUGAUCACUGGCUCUGGUUCUGAACUGCAUGAUCUCAGAUGGAUAGAAGAGGUGGCAGCUGAAGGCCAGUACAAUGUGGACAUCACCAAUGUGACAGAUGACGUUGGAGUUCUAGGUGUGGCAGGACCACUUUCUAGAAAGGUUCUCCAGAAGUUGACUUUGGAUGAUUUGAGUGAAGAAUCCUUUACAUUUCUACACAGCAGAAGAAUGAAGAUUGGUGGAAUUCCUGUAACAGCCAUACGGAUAUCCUAUACAGGUGAGCUGGGCUGGGAGUUGUAUCACAGGAGGCAGGACACCUCUGCGCUCUAUAGUAAGAUUAUGGAGGCCGGUCAGGACGAAAGCAUUGAUAACUUUGGCACUUACGCCAUGAAUGCACUGAGGUUGGAGAAAGCAUUUCGAGCCUGGGGGUCAGAGAUGAACUGUGACACAAACCCACUUGAGGCCGGGUUACAAUAUUUUAUAAAGUUAAACAAGCAAGCGGACUUUAUUGGCAAGCAGGCGCUGCAGCAAAUUAAGGAAAAAGGGCUUCGAAGGAAGCUGGUGUAUCUCACCUUGGAAACGGAUAAUGUUGAUCCUGAGGGAAAUGAAAGCAUCUGGCACAGUGGGAAGGUUGUUGGUAACACUACAUCAGGGACCUACAGCUACAGCUCCAACAAAAGCUUGGCUUUUGCCUAUGUGCCUACAGAGCUCAGUACAGCAGGACAGAAACUCGAAGUGGAACUUCUAGGAAAGCAUUACCCUGCCACAAUAAUCCAGGAGCCCCUUGUGUUCACCGAGCCCACCAGGAACCGCAUUCAGCAAAAAAGUGGCAGUCCAAGAAACAAGUGA